UAAGCCAAACAAAGAAGAAACGAACUAAAGCAGAAGAAGAAGAGGGAGAAGAAGAAGAAGAAGAAGAGGAGUGAAACAGGAAUAAGCGCCUGACGCAGUUAUUUGGAGGCUGUAUGAAUUAGGAUAUACCGUGAAGUAAUGGUUAACUGUAACGGACUUUGGAUUCUGCCUCCUACACCGGUGUACAAGGUCUGUGUUAUGAAUGCAGAUACCAGGUAGUAGUCGAGUUCAGCUGCUCCGUUAGCUUAACCACUGUUUAUUUCGUUAAGAGGAAUGCAACGGCCCCCGAGCUCCACUUCCCUUUGAGCUCACUCGUUGAGCAUGAACUCCAUUUUUACGACGAAGCAGUGUUAAAAACCGUUUAAACUAACCGUUAUUUGUAGUCAUGGCGACCGACUUUGUAAAGAACUUUGUACAGAUGUGCAAUUAUCUCCAGGACCCCCGCCAUGUAGCGAGGUUUCAAAAUGUUUGCGGCGUUAAAGGGACAUUUCCGGUUAUACCGACCGAGCCGAACUGCGGAGAGUCGGAGCCGGACCGUGUCGGACUGAGGAAGAGGGGGCAACAGGGAGGACCAAGCUCGGUUGUGAAUGGAGCCGCCGGGGAUGCGAGCGCACCGCAGGUUAACGGUAUGCAGGGUGACGUUACCGUCAGGCCUGAUGGUCCAUCAGCUAAUGUCGACCCAGACACCGCAAGAGCAAAACCCCUCCGGAAAAACUCCCUGACCGGAGAUGUGGGUCAAGAGUUCCUGAUCCACAACAAGUUUCUGUUCUACCUGUUCACGUUUGGGACGGAGCUGGGCAACGAGAUGUUCUUCAUAGUCUUCUUCCCUUUCCUCUUCUGGAACAUCGACGCCCUGGUCAGCCGGAGACUCAUUGUCGUCUGGGCCUGGAACCUGUUCGUGGGACAGUCCACUAAGGACAUGAUCCGCUGGUCUCGGCCGGCCUCCCCUCCCGUGGUGAAGGUGGAGGUUUUCUACAACUCCGAGUACAGCAUGCCGUCCACGCACGCUAUGACGGGAACAGCCAUCCCCUUCUGUCUCUUCAUGCUGACCUACGGACGGUGGCAGUACCCCUUCCUCUUUGGCUUUAGUGUGGCUCUCAGCUGGAGUGUCCUGGUCUGUGUAAGCAGAGUCUACAUGGGGAUGCAUUCUAUUCUGGAGGUAAUCACUGGCUUCCUAUACAGCCUUCUUAUUCUAGCCUUUUUCCAGCCAAUUUUGGACAAGAUCGACGGCUUCUACAUGACGGACCACUUUGCUCCACUUGUGAUUAUUGUGUCUCAUGUGAGCCUGGGACUUGUGGCUUUCUCUCUGGAUUCCUGGAGCACCUCUCGGGGCGAUACAGCUCAGGCUCUUGGCACCGGGGUAGGAGCUGCUAUCGGUACCCAUGUGAACUAUCAGCUGGGGCUGCUGCUGGAUCCACCACUGUCCUCACUCCCUCUAACUUUACCACCAAUCGGCACCAGCUUGGUGGUUCUCUCCCUUCUGCGCUUCGUCAUCGGAGUCGCAGUCAUCCUCGUCACGAGAAUGGUUAUGAAAGCAGCGACUAUUCCGUUCUUAUGUCGACUGUUCGGGCUGCCUUCAGAUGAUGUAAGACAGGCGAGGCAGCACAUGAAAGUAGAACUGCCGUACCGUUACAUUGUGUACAGUGUUGUAGGUUUUAGUUGUGUCUGUGUGGUGCCUCUCAUCUUUAGGAUCUUAAACCUUGCCUGAGUGUUGUGUGCAAACUGUCAUUAGCUGCUGACAUGGUGAACAGCACUUGGAAACAUGCUGCUUGUUUGUUUUAGUGUUUGGUGGUAUUCUAUAUUUUUUUUAUAUUGUCAAUAUUCAUCUGUGCCAUAGAGCGCCACAGUGUUGCUCUAGGUGACAUGUUCCCUUAUAAUGAUGAGCAUGGGCACUGUAGUUUAUACUGAAUGUGUCCCCCUCACACUGCUAUUUUAAUCAAUCUGCAACUGAAAAGCCACACAACAAAUACCGUAUUUACUCCUGUUUGACUGUUAAUCGACAAGCCAUUUUUAGGUAAUAAUUUAGCCUCCUAAAAAAGAAAAAAGGAGGAACAAUCAAGGUUAUAAACCUUCAGAAGGAACCAAUGGGCUUGGGGCCCAGAGCCACAGACUGUAGUAAAUAUUUAAAGAACUAAAGUAUUGUUGGUUUUGGCCUUUUUCUUGGCAUUUGUUGACAAUAACAACAAUAUAGAACAUCACCAGCCUCAUCCUUUGAAAUCCACCUGUGGUUGACACAUUUUAAGGAAUCUAUUGUACAUUUCCAUUAGUGAUCGAACUAUAUGACAACAUGUUAUUGGAGAAUUCCAUGUUCUAAGAAUAAACCAAACCAUGAAUCAGUAAUGUGUGAAGUCACUUCACUUCUCAUUUGUUGCCGUGCUUAAUCAGCCUGGAAGCACAAAAAUACUGUAAGUAUUUAAGCUCACAGGUGUCGGGGUAGUUACACGGUCUCUGUAUCGUUAUGCUUUUUCUACACUAUCAUAAUCAGCGUUAUCGCUUCAACUCCUUUUUUGUACAUUUUUGUGCUUGUUUUAAAAACAUUUGUUUUAAAAACAAGUGCUAUGGAUAGUCAUUUGAAAGCAUUAAAUUAAAAUAACAUAUUUUUGAUAAAGUAUUUUGCCAUCUUAACUAACUUGGUCUGUAUUGUUGCCCUAACAACAUUUUAUUAUUCAUACUUGAUUUCUAAGAAUUAUAUUCAGGCGACAUUUCAGCUGGCCUUCCUUAAACUGCGGUGUAUACAAACACUGACUCUAGCACUUGUCUGAAUGUUUUAAUUGUUUAUUUGUCGUGGCAAUGUUUCAAUAAUGGUUCGCUUUAAAAUUCAUGUCUGAAUAUUAAUGCCUGAGCAUUUAUUCUUACAGUAUAUAACAAGUACUAUAUGUAUGUCUAUUAUAAACAUCCACUCUCACAUCUUUUUUCUAGGACUUGUAUCCUUUGGUGAAAAUAAUGAAGGAGAAUAAAAUAUUCCAAAAAAAAGGAAAGAAAAACA